GAGUUGAAAAUUUGGAACAUAGAGAGCAGAAGAAAUUGGGCUUCAACAGAAAGACUACCAUUAAAAACAAUCAUGUUGGUUCUUCUGGCUGGAAUAUUCCUUCUUCACCUUGCAAGCAUCAUCCUGCUUCUGGUGGCAACAAUUGACAAUGCCUGGUGGGUGACAGAUACUAUGUCCACUGACGUGUGGGCCAGGUGGAUUCUGAACAACGGAAUAUGGAAUCACACUGAUCUCCCCACUGGCAGCACCUACCCUUCAGAUUACCUCCAGGCAGUGCAGGCCAGCGCCAUCCUGGCCUGUAUAUUCUCCAUCCUGGGACUGUUUGUGUUUGUGGGACAGCUUUUCACCCUGGCCAAGGGUCAGAGAUUCACCUUCUCUGGCAUCUUCCAGCUUCUAGCCUGCCUGUGCAUCAUGAUUGCUGCCUCGAUCUACACGAACAUCUUUCACAACGACGAGUCGAGCGGUCAGUACGGCCACUGCUUCAUCCUGGCCUGGAUCUCCUUCGCCUUCACCUUCAUCUCCAGUAUCAUCUACUUUGUCCUGCGUAAGAAGACUAGAGACUAGUGGAAAGACACUAACUGAAACCCAAAGGACAGGUUCACUAUCUUAGGAUCUGGUUGUUUCUUUUUCUACAAUUGGGUAUGGAUAUGAAUGCGGGAUACAAGAGGAGACCUUUAAUCCACAACUUUUUUUUUUUCUGCCUCGAAUUCUGAUCAAUUGGUCUCUUUUGUUUCCCACUUUAUAUUGUGUCUAAAAACUAUGGAUUGACAUAGAACACUAUCAAGAUUAUGUUUAUGGACACUUCAUAUAAAGUGGGACCUCGUUUUCUAACUUAAUGAAACUUUUUAUAGCCCUCAUAUUCUCUGGAGGAUUUAUAGGGGUGUCAGAGCACAGACCUGAAGUAUCUCAUUAACUCAGAAUCAUAGUCCUGAACUAUUCAUACUUACAUUUGAUUGAUUUCUCAAUUAGGAUUAGAAUAAAACAGGGCCAAAACACUCAAAACCA